AUGCCUUCUGCAAUUAUUCUAUGUGUCGUUCGUGGUAAAACAGGUCGACUUGCUCGUUCAAAUCUUACACAACUUUGUACAAGUGAAAGAGAAGAAAAAGUUCGUUUACCAUUACGAAUUCGAUAUAAGAAAAAAUUAAAUCAUUCACUCUUAAAUGAACAUGUACAUAAAUUGUGUUAUAAAGUACUCGUCUACGAUCAGUGCUAA